GUGACUUAAUGCGACUUAAAAUGGCAUUUGGAGGCAACGAGCCCUCAAUUUCGGGGGGCGGAGCCCCGCCAGCCCUUUCCGACCUUGACAAAGUAAAUCCCACAACAGGCGACGGCACCAUAUUCUAUCCUAGUGGUAACAUAGCGGUCGUUGUAUGUAAACAAGGUUCUGGGCAAAUAAUUACUUUCUUCAGUGACAGCAAGUCCUCCCAAAUUAUCGCUUCCUUUAACGCGCAAGGAAUUGGCUUUGUUUACUACCCAUCUGGAAGACCCUGGCUCGUCGUAACGGAAACCGGAUACACGUUAUCUGACAGCAAAGGAAAUGUCAUCGACCGGGGGAAAUUCCCAAGGAGCAUCCCACAAGUCAUCACCUUGGACGCCGCCCCCGGCCUGACGGUGCGCUUCGUCAGCCGUCAGGACAUCAUGGCUUCCUUCCAGGCUGGCGACUGCGUGCGCGAGUGGCAGUGUGGCGAGGCGCCCCGCCGCACCGAGGGGCCCUAUACCUCCAAGGUGCUGGCCACGCGGCUGGGCGGGCGGCUGGAGCUGGAUGUGGGGGCGAUUCGGCAGCGGCAGCAGGCCAUCGGCAGUGUGUAUGUGCCUCCCGGACCCCACCACGUGGAGACGGAGCGCCCCGGCGUGGGCUCCCUCAAGAAGGCCCUGCGCCGCCUCGACCCCGCAUGCAAGCUGGCAGGCACCGUAGCCGACCUACGAGCCCUGGACUCCCGGCUGGGCCUUAUCGACACGCUGCCUCGGGUGCUGUACGGCACUGCCCGGGCGGCGUCAGCGGGGGCGCUGCUAGGAGGCGGCGGCGGGGGGUCCGCAAGCGCCUCCGCCUCCGCUACCGCCUCGUCCUCCUCCUCCAACCCGGCGGUUGCUGGUGGGGGUGCGGGUGGGUCCGGCGGAUUGGCGUUGGGGCGGUCGGCGUCUGCAGGGGGCCUGCUGUCCUCCUCGUCUGCAUCAGGAGGAGGAGGAGGAGGAGGGCGGGGGGUGCUGGAGGACUACGGCAGUCCGGAGCUGAGUAAGGCGCAGCAGCGGCUGGCAGCCAGUGCGGCCAGGGUGGCGGAGCAGUACCAGCAGCGGUACAAGGCCAAGCGAGCCAAGCUGCCGUUCAUGCGGCUCAAGGACUUUGACGCCCAAGUCGCGGGUCCCGGCGCCCCUUCCGACAUGCUGCUGGUGGUGGCGGUGCUUGCGGACUGGAACCCCGUGUGUGCGCGCGUGGAGGCGGCGGUGGAGGCGGCGCAUGGGGGGCUGGCGGAGGAGGCGGCGGCGCGGAGGGGCAGCGAAGCGGCGAGGAUCAAGAUGUACAAGCUGGACGCCAGCGAGGGCAACACGCUGCAGGACCGCUACGGCUUCCGUACCGUCCCCAUGUUCCUCGCCUUCUACGAGGGCAAGCUGGUGUGGGCGUCAAACAACAUCCGCACUGAGGCGGAGAUGGGGGAGGCGGCGCUGGGGGCGCUGGUGCGGGGGCGCAAGCGGACCUUCCUGCCGGAGGGGUUUCGGUUCUCGCCGGGCGGUGACAACACGCUGCUGGAGUAUAUCCAGCCUUCGACGGUGUUGCGGGAAUUGUAGGUAGCAAGUGACAUACGUGUAAAUGUUACACGGUUAUACCGAAUCGUGUAAGGGAGUGGGAGUGGGAGCGGGCUGGGGAAAGAUGGGACAGGAAGUGUACGGUGGGAAGGGCUGACAUGGGCGCCCGGGGAGUGUGCUUGGGGGAGAGGCAUAGGGUAUAACCAUCGCGCAUGUUCUGAUAAGGACAUGAGGAGGAGGAGUGCUAGGGUGGCUGACGGAGGGCGAAGGUGGAUAGCGGCUUAGAUAGGACAUAGCAUGUAGCAUGUAGCAAGAAGGGGAUUUGGAUCAAGAGGCGCUGCAAGUGCGCCGCAGCUGCGUCCAAAAGGGCAUGUCAAUGGGUGUUAGCAGGGCAGGAUGUAGCUAGAUCGACGGAAGUAAAGGUUGUCUGAACGCAGCGACAUGUGCAUACGCUUCAUAUUACAAGCGUUUGUGUUUUGCUGGUACUUAUACUUGGACUUUGUGGAUAGUUUGGAAGUGGUAACACUGGUGACUUGCGGCGCUUACCAUCGGACGCUUACUAUGUGAAGUAAGCCCUUGUGCCUCGGGAAUUUUCCUUGUUAGAAGUUCAUACCUGAUCUUGUUGAAAUAAUAGAUGUAUUUUGUGAACUAUGCUAGCUGAUGCCGGCCACAAGGCUGUUAUGGCGUCGCGAUGUCGUCACACGCUGUCGUCAAUCGCCAUGCGCCGUAUACGGAUGAGCGGUCUGCGCCCUGCAAAACAAUUAUAGAACCUGUAGAACCACAAAC